CCAGUUAAAAGACUGGUGCAGGGGCGGGCGCCGAGCAGAGCGAGCUGCGGCCGUGGCAGCUGCACGGCUCUCGGCCCCGGAGCAUGCGCGAGAGCCGCCCCGGAGCCCCCUGCCGCCCCGCCCGCGGCGCUCCGCGCCCCGCCGCCAGCGCACCCCCGGACGCUAUGGCCCUCCCCUCCGGCUGGCCCCUCGUGUAGGAUGGUGGCACACAACCAGGUGGCAGCCGACAAUGCAGUCUCCUCGGCAGCAGAGCCCCGACGGCGGCCGGAGCCUUCCUCCUCUCCCUCCUCCUCGCCCGCGGCCCCUGCGCGCCCGCGGCCGUGCCCGGCGGCCCCGGCCCCGGCCCCUGGCGACACGCACUUCCGUACAUUUCGCUCGCACGCCGACUACCGGCGCAUCACGCGCACCAGCGCGCUCCUCGACGCCUGCGGCUUCUACUGGGGGCCCCUGAGCGUGCACGGCGCGCACGAGCGGCUGCGCGCCGAGCCCGUGGGCACCUUCCUGGUGCGCGACAGCCGCCAGCGGAACUGCUUCUUCGCCCUCAGCGUGAAGAUGGCCUCGGGCCCCACGAGUAUCCGCGUGCACUUCCAGGCCGGCCGCUUCCACCUGGACGGCAGCCGCGAGACCUUCGACUGCCUCUUCGAGCUGCUGGAGCACUACGUGGCGGCGCCGCGCCGCAUGCUGGGCGCCCCGCUGCGCCAGCGCCGCGUGCGGCCGCUGCAGGAGCUGUGCCGCCAGCGCAUCGUGGCCACCGUGGGCCGCGAGAACCUGGCGCGCAUCCCCCUCAACCCCGUCCUCCGCGACUACCUGAGCUCCUUCCCCUUCCAGAUCUGACCGGCCGCGCCUACCGUGCAGGCAGCAUUAACGGGGUGGGGGGUGCCCGCCGUAUUAUUUCUAUUAUUAUUAUAAUUAUUUGCCUGGAACCAUAUGGGUGCCCUCCCGCCGGGCCGGAGGGAGCGGUGGGGGGUGGGCGCGCCCCUCCUGGGGCUCCCUCUGGGCCCCCUGGUUGGUGUAGCAGCUUGAUUUAACCGGAUCUGGGGCCAGGACCUGAACUCGCACCCCUGCCUCUUCAUGUUUACAUAGACCCAGUAUCUUUGCACAAACCAGGGGCCGGGGGAGGGUCUCUGGCCUUAUUUUUCUGCUGUGCAGAAUCCUAUUUUAUAUUUUUUACAGCCAGUUUAGGUAAUAAACUUUAUUAUGAAAGUUUUUUUUUUUUAAAGAAAAAAGGUCUGGACGGUGUGUACUUUGGGCCAGAGUCGUCCCUGGGAGGCCGGUGGGUUGGACUCCGGGGAGGCAGCCUGGGUCUGGGGGGGUGGCAGGUGGUCCAGCCUGCUGUGUGCCAGUCCUGUGGGGGCUCUGCUGGCUGCAGCUCGCUCGGUCCUGUGGAGAGCCACCCUGCCGAGGAGGCACAGGCGCCUGGCCCCAUUUCACAGAAGAGAAAACCAGGCGAGGGGCCGGCUGCCCCGAGGCCGUUUCUGUGUGUGUCCACCCAGGAUCUCGGAGAUGGGUGACACAGAGGAAACUCGCUGGUUCUGAGACCACAACAACUUCCAGGAAGAGGGUGGGGGCAGCCGGGAGGAGGGGGCGCCGACGGCGGGGAUGCAGGGGCAGGGGCGGACUUCCUUCUUCCCGCCCCGUCGGGACCUGUGUACUUUUUGGUGAACACACUUUGGAGUCAGAACUAGGCUCUGUGGUCUGCGGCAGAGCGAGGGCCUGCUGGCGGCUCUGGGUAAAUCCCUGUGGCUCCCCAGGCCUCCGCCUGGGCCCUCGCUCAGGCGGGGAGGCCAGGGCUGCUCUGGUCGCUGGCCCAGGAUGCGGCUUUCACGGCUACUCCUGCACCCGUGGCCGGCCUGGCAGAGGGGCGGAGAACUGAUUCAUUCUCAGGUUAGGCGGCCUCGUGGACACGUGCCACGGUGUCCAGCAGCCUGGACGCACUGAGGGUGCAGUGUCCUCAUCGUGUAGGGCUGCAGGGCUGGGCUUGUCUGGGCUUUGAUAGGCUCGGCUCCAGGUGUGAGGGGAGGGUGGCCCGGAGAGCUGGAGCCCACAGCUGCUGUCCAGCCCCCUCUAGGAGGGCCAGGGGAGGGGGACGUCCCUGCUGUUGCUCUUCCAGAACCACCUCCUCACCCCUCACUGGCUGCCCCGUCUGGCCUGGGGCGGUGCCUACAGGGAUGGAAGGCGGCCUCCGGGAAGGCCUCAGCACCAGCCCCCGCCCAGGGGCUGCGGCGCGGCCCUGUGCCAUCCUCCCCGCCAGCCCCCACCCGGCAGAUGGCAGAGCAGGGCGCAGGGCCCACCGAGGUGGCCGGCCUGUGCUGUCCAGAGGCCACCCCAGGACCUGUGGCGCAGGUACGCGCCCAGGCCCUGCUCGCCCAGGUGACGCAUUCGGCCCGCCGGCAUGGCACCCGCUUCACAGAUGGGGAAACGGGACCUCAUCUCGAGAGGGAGGACCGCGCAGGCACUCUGCAAUAGGUUCAGGGUUUUUUCUUCCUCCUUUGAGAAAAGUUUAAAACCCAAAUUUUCAUUACACGGUGCUGAAUACACACACAGUCCGCUUAUAAAACCUGAAGCCACAGCAGCUAAGCAUAAAGGGCCCUCUGAUCGCAUUCCCCAAGCGG